UAAAUGUUGGUUCUAAAUCGUAUUAGUUUUAUAUAGGAAAAACUUAAGGUGUAUAACAAUGACGAAAAUUCAAACAACUACACAUGUAUAAAUGUAUCUGUAAGAAAAACUAAAUGCACAGUGAUGUCGAGCAGGAAAGCCUCUACCAAAUCUGUAAAUUUCAUGUAUCCCCGGGGUAGAGGGUUCUGGACCCCCCCCCCCCCCCCCCCCCCCCAUGGAAGGGACCAAACUUGGUACAUAUAGUGUAUAUGUAUAGAACAUUUAAAUAGUAUCGUCUUUAAUGCUAUUGAUACUAAAUUGAAGCUAAUUAGAUAUUCAGGAGUAGGCAGUCCUUUACCAUAAUUUAAAUUUCAAGAUCCCUGGGGUAGUCCUAAGGGUUUUGGCUCAAGGGUGAGGCCAAAAUUAUUACAGAGGUUAAUGUCUUUAUCAUUGAAGACUUCUUUUAGUUUGCUGGCACAUUAUAAAAACUAAAUGUAUAUCUAGGGAAAGCAGAAUAGGAUGUACCAAAGUUGUGAAUUUCGCAACCCCAUGGUUUUGACUCUACGACGGGUCCAAAUUAUUCACAUUGUGUUAAUGUUCAUUAUAGGCACUUUUGAGAGGGCAUUUUUAGAACUCCUCUUGUUUUAUACUGCUGCUGAAUAUUAGAAUUUAUAUCGUUUUAGAUAUGCAGAACAGGAAAUCUCUUUAAUUCUUACAAAAAUGAACAAAAUGAUCUUUACUAUCCCUUUAAGUUGGAUGUUAUCUCUGAGAUCUAGCUGCCUCUGUUCUGUUUCCAUUGAUCCAAUUUGCGUGUAGCUAUAACAGGUCUGCCUAAAGUAUUGACAAAAGCUUAUUAAUAGUGAGAAAGAUUGGAAAUGAAAUCAAAAUCAUAUAUAGACCAACAAUGCAAACUCGUAAUGAGGAGACCUUUGUAAACCAGUCCCAAACUCACGUAAGACGUGUAAAUACCAUUAAAUGGGAAAUUCGAUUUCCGAUUUAUUCCGAGGGGAAAAUGUCACCUUGAAGUCGUAUUCGGAAGUCAUAUUCCGAAGAGAAAUCAACAAUAUAAACAAUUAUGAGUGAAUAAGAGAGGAGAGUGAAGCUCUAGGCUCGGGGUUACCAGUUGCUUCCACCAAUUGGGAGCGUUGAUCGCGAGAAAGAGAUAUCACGAGUCAGAUUAACAAGUUUGAUAAAAAGAAAGCUUCACGGAAAACUCGGAUCAAGAAAUAAUGGCUGACCCCUCGUCGUCCCGGACAAUAGUAAUUGGUGUGGAUGAUAGCUGUUUCUCGGAAUAUGCCUUUAACUUUUAUCUGAGCCACGUGAGAAGGGCUGGUGAUAACAUAGUGUUAGUCCAUGUCCCAGAAUUCCAUGGGGUGAUCCAGGCACCCGCUGUCUUGACAGAUCCCGGAGUUGUACACGAGCUUUUAAAAGAAGAGGAAAUUCGAACUCGACAGCUGGUUCACAAAUAUUCGGAGAAGAUGAAGCAGUUUGGUCUUGGAGGGAAAAUGAAGCAAAUGACUGGAAAAGUUGGCGAAUCUAUCAUUGAAGCGUCAAAAACAGAAAAAGCUGACUUGAUAAUCGUGGGAACAAGGGGCAUGAGUAAGGUUCGGCGGACCUUUCUGGGGAGCGUCAGCGACUACUGCGUUCAUCAUGCACACAUGCCUGUCCUUGUCUGUCGACAUAAGGAGUUUGAUGCCCAACACGACCGCGUGCACCACCAUCAUCAUCAUAAUCGGUGACGUAAUCAGCGGACCUAGCACAUGACAGUUAAUUUCUUCAACAGCGAUACUUAGACGAAUGAUAAUUGUUCCAUAAUAUAAGCAUUGCAUACCCAUUGUAAAAGUUAUUAAAGCUGUUUCGUAUCAUAAAUAGCAAUAUCUA